CGAAAGGGCCUAAAGGAGUCCAUGUUGGGCUUUUGAUUUUGUGGGCUGUGCCCAGCGAUCAAAAGUGGUCUGGAAAGAAGAGGAGCCCUUGAGGGAGACCCCGCUGACCCCGCAGCUAUGAGCUUCCUGGCAUCCACUGCAACUAGCGCCCCAGGUGCAAGGCACGCCCUCACGUGGCCUGCGUGGGCCGGCCCCGCCCAACUGGCGCCCAUCAGGCUUCAUCAUCCUCACCACCACCACCACAGUCCUAGGGUCUAUCCUUGGGGGCGGGGCGGCGAGACUAGGGUGGCCAUGGAGGCCCAACCAGCCCGCGGCUUGAUGCAUCUACCAGAGCUUCUGACGCAGCCCUAUCGGGACUCAGAGUCACCACCGAAGGACCAACCUCCCACACAGAAGGAACCUGCAGCCCUGAGAUGCCUCGCUCCCAAUGGCAGGUCCCCGUGGCCUGGGUGCCCCGACUCAGCCACCACCGCCUUGCCUUACCACCAAGAGAAAGAAGAGGCGCACACUGGAUUCCCCUCUUCUGCUGUUGAGGCCCUGGGGCCCUGUUGGGAGCUGAUGGUCUUAGGGAUGUCAGAACCCCUAAAUAAGGCCAGGAAUCCCAAGAGUAUGCAGUGCCCAGGCCUGGACUCUUCUGGUAUUGCUUCUACGGCCUUGUCCCGGAGAAGACCUCGAAAGCAGCCAAGCCCCUGCAUGGGCAUGGAAAAAAUGGACCCCAGGUUUAAAGGGGUGACUCUGGAGUUCCGGAUACAGCCAGAUUCUAGCCUCCAGAUUGUGUCCACUUACAGCUUGCCUGGUGACAGCUAUUCUCAAAAGUCCUCCACAAGCCCUACCAGGGCCCCUGAGCCCAGCCCAGGAGGCAGUGAGGCCCUAGGGCCCCGGAGCUGUGCAUCCUGUAGGACCCAGAGGACCCCACUGUGGAGAGAUGCUGAAGACGGGACACCCCUCUGCAAUGCCUGUGGUAUCAGGUAUAAGAAAUAUGGAACCCGUUGCUCCAGUUGCUGGCUGGUUCCCAGGAAAAGUGUCCAGCCCAAGAGGCUGUGUGGCAGAUGUGGGGUGUCCCUGGACCCCCACUUAAGUCAGACUCAGGAAGCGUAAGCCCUUCUUCAUCCAUCCAAGCCAAUUCUGCCUCCGUUUCUCCAAGGGUGGAGUACUUUGGAAGUCUCCACCUCUCAGGGAUCCUAGGAGAAAGCCAGAGCACUUUGCUCAUGGGUCCCCUAACCUCUGUCUCCAGUCCUUCUUCAGACAGGCUUGACUGGAUCCCAAAUAAAGGAAAAUCUCAGAAGUGA